CGGGGCCGGUUACCGGGGGGCCGCUGCACAAAUAAGAAGUUGUCUUUGUGUGGCGGCAGAGAGCUGACGUCAGGUCGGCUCCUUGAAGCGGAAUAAACCUGGAGAAGGAAGAGUCUCCUUCAAUCACACACACACUCACACACACUCACUCAAUUACUGCUCAAUUCCUGCUUUAGCAGUCGUCAUCUUCCAGCUCGCAGGAAGGCAAAGACGCGAGUAAACCGGGAGUGGAUUUGUGGAAAUAAGUCAAGUGUCGAAAGUAAAAACAAGGUGUUACAGCAGUUAUGUCAAAGAGCUGAAGACACCUCAAACGAUAUGGAGUCUGGAGAGCGGCUGGCCUCCCCUGCGCCCACCCUGUCUGCUGCUCGCACCUCCUCCCCCGCCGCCUCUUCCUCCUCGUCCUCCUCUUCCUCGUCUCCGGCACCCCACUCCAAGAGCGGCCUGGCCCCCAGCCCCUCGCCGCUCGGCCCCGCUCUCGGCGCCUCUGGCCGCCUGCUGGGCGCCGCAGGAGAGCAGCCCUUCAUGUCAAGUGCCUUCCCUCUGGUCAACCACCCCGCCUUCGGAGCGCUCUACACCGCCGGAGUGGGCCGGCCCGAGUUUGGCGGCCUGGGCUCGCUUGGCAUGUCCGCCGCUCUGGCCGCUCACCCCCAGCUGGGAGCCCUCUCCGAGUGGUGGCGCAGCGCCGAGGCUCAUGGACGAGGAGCCGCCGCCGCCUUUCUUCCUUCCUUCAUAGGUUUCCCUCCCUUCUUCACCCCGCACAUUCAGCCCAAUCACAGCGCUCCUUUAAGAAUGCCUGGCAAGAACAGCCUGGCCUCACCCAAAGGAGUGAACGGGGCGGUGAACGGCGGCGGCCUGUAUCCUCCUAGCAUGCAGACAGGAAGCUUCUCUGCAAGUCCCGCCCCCGCCCAGACGUCAAGCAGUCUAACCAAAAACUCUGAGACCUCCAACAGUCCCUGUCAGAUGAGUCCUGACCAUCUCCUGGGAAAUGACCUCCAAAAAAACAAGGAGAGGAGACAGCGCAAGAAGACGACGGAGGCCAGCGGCGCGAGCAACAGCGAGACGGGCACGUCCUCGGACAGCUCGAGCGAGGGCUCCCUCAGCAGCGACCCCGAGGACGAGGAAGAGGACGAGGAGGACGAGGACGAUGAAGAGGACAAAGAGCUGUCCGACUCUGAGAAGCGACUAAAGAAGAAGGUUCUGGCAGCGCCGGGCGGAAGGAGCAGCGGCGUAGCACCCUGUGGGCGGAGCCAGGACAAGCACAUACCAACAGUCCCCCCGGUCCUGUCCCCGACCUCGUCUAGACCCGAGGGGCAGCAGAAACACUUCAGCGUGAUCCAGUCCACGGGCCUGGCCGCCACCUCCAAGUUGUCUCUCCUGGCUCGGGAGUCCUCGUCCCCCAUGGCCCCCAUGGCCCUCACCACCUCCCCAAAGACCCUGUCCAGUUCUUCCUCGCCCAAACUGGUGCCCCCCUCCUCCUCCCCCCAGCACCUGCCCCUCGCCCUGGCCUCCUCCCCCAAGCCUGUUUCGGUGCCCUCGGCCUUCCCGCUAUCUACCUCCCCGAAACAUUUUGCUUUGACCUCAUCGAGCCCUCUCAAGUCGCCACUGAGGCCCCCGCAGCACGCCGCUGUUGGCGCCGCCAAGGCCAACCGCAGGAAGCUGCUGGAAGACUCUCUGGCGCAGAUCAACGAGUUUAGACUGAAACAGACUCUCAUGUCCCAGGGGCAGUCGUUCCCAGCUGAGCUGAGGAAGCCAACAAACAAGUCUCCCAAAGGGAAGUCUGCGUCGUCUUCGCCGUUGCCGCCCGCUCCGCCUCCGCCCCCGCCCCAGAACAAUCACUCCAACCUCUUCCUCUCCAGUGCCCUGCUGGGGCUCCCUGAGCCCAACCACCCUAACGGAGUCAUCCAAAGCACCACUCAGGACGCACCUCUGGCCCUCAUCACCAAACCUCGCAAUGACUCUCAAGGCAAGUCCCCUGACGGCGGAUCCAUGCCCGUCAAUCUCAGCACAGGGGCCAGCAGGACCCAAGCGAGCGCCCAGGCCGGGCUUCCGUCGCAGCCGCCGACUACCUCACUCCACGCCGCCAGCUACGGCUGCAGGAAGAGCAAGACGCCAAAGGCGGGUAGGGCACUGACUCCGGGACUGGCGCAAGGAACGCAGCAAACGGGGCCUUUAGCCAGCUGGAAAGGCUUCUCCCAAAACCACCUGGUUCAGUCUUUAGUGGAUUUGUUUCGCGGAGGAGAGUCCGGCAUCGGGAUCCCAGGAGUUAGCAUCCCCGGUGUUGGGAUUCCCGGGGUGGGGAUCCCUGGGACCUGUACCCCCGUGGCUGGUCUGCCGGCCAACAAGGAAUCCGACGACUCGGCAGACGACGACGACGACGAGGACGACGAUCUUGAAGAGGAGGAGGAAGACGAGGAGGACUCGGAUGAUAGUUUGUCAGAGUCGGACAGCAACUCGGACAGCGACGUGUCGGCAAAGAAAGCCAAGGAGUCCAAGCAGCUGUCCUCCGGCUCGUCCAAGAAGGAGACCAAGAGCCCAGACCUACUGAACACCUCCACGGAUCACACCGCCACCAGCUGCUCGCCUCUCAAUCUGCAGGUCAUCAAGACGCCCACCAUUGUCACCAGCGCCAGUGCCUUGGCCUAUCACAGCUCGCCUGGGUCCUCCUCCUACAGCCUGGCCUCUCCUCUAGGUUUAGGGAAGAGGAAGCGAGUGAUGGAUGAGAAGGACCUGAUGACACCUCUGGAGUUGGGGUGGCGCAGAGAAACUCGAAUCAAAAACGUGACAGGGCGACCUCAAGGGGAGGUGGCCUACUACGCCCCGUGUGGCAAGAAGCUGAGACAGUACCCGGACGUGAUGAAGUAUCUAUCCAGAUAUGGAAUAAGUGGCAUCACGCGUGAUAAUUUUAGCUUCAGUGCAAAGAUCAGGGUUGGUGACUUCUAUGAAGCCAGAGAAGGACCCCAGGGCUUACAGUGGAGUCUGUUGAACGAAGAGGAAGUCAUUCCUCACAUUUUGGCCAUGGAGGGUCGCAGGGGCCGCCCCCCCAGCUCCGAGCGUCAGUUAGCGGGCGAAGGGGCCAAAGCCAACCGACGCAGGAAAGGCCGGCCCCCCAAUGUGGGCGACCCGCUGGUGCCGGAGGGUCCCAGUCCCAGUGAGGUCAAACUCCUGCGCAAGCUGGAGGCUCAAGAAAUCGCCCGACAAGCAGCUCAGAUGAAACUGAUGAGGAAACUGGAGAAGCAGGCGAUGGCACGGGCGGCCAAGGAAGCUCGCAAACGGCAAGCGAUCCAGGCAGCAGAGGAGAGGAGGAAGCAGAAGGAGCAGAUGAAGAUUCUCAAGCAGCAGGAAAAAAUCAAGCGCAUUCAGCAGAUCCGGAUGGAGAAAGAACUCCGGGCCCAGCAGAUUCUGGAGGCCAAGAGGAAAAAGAAAGAAGAAGCUGCCAAUGCCAAAAUACUGGAGGCUGAAAAGCGGACAAAGGAGAAGGAGAUGAGGAGGCAGCAGGCGGAGAUCUUGAAGCACCAGGAGUUGGAGAGGCAUAGACUAGAUAUGGUAUGGGAGAGAGAGAGAAGGAGGCAGCAUGUAAUGCUGAUGAAGGCUGUUGAGGCUCGCAAAAAAGCAGAGGAGCGCGAGCGCGUGCGGCAGGAGAAAAGGGACGAGAAGCGGCUGAACAAAGAGCGCAAGCUGGAGCAGCGCCGGCUGGAGUUGGAGAUAGCCAGGGAGCUGAAGAAGCCCAACGAGGACAUGUGUCUCUCGGACCAUAAGCCUCUCCCCGAAUUCUCCCGGAUCCCCGGCCUCAUCCUCCCUGGCUGCGCCGUGUCCGACUGCCUGAUGCUGAUGCAGUUCAUGCGGGGCUUCGGCAAGGUCUUGGGACUGGACUUGAACAUGGACGUGCCAACCCUGGGCAUGCUGCAGGAGGGUCUGCUCAACGUGGGCGACAGCAUGGGCCAGGUCCAAGAUCUUCUCGUCAAGCUCCUUUCUCUGGCCGUCUGUGACCCCGGCUUGCCACCUGGACAAAAGACAAAGACCAUGCUGGGGGACCACCUGACCAACGUGGGCAUCAACAGGGACAACGUGUCCGAGGUGCUCCAGAUGUACAUGGGGGCCCACUGUGCCAACACCGACCUGGCCCCUCUGGCCCUCAGUCUGAAGACCAAGGCCUUCCAGGCACACACGCCCGCCCAGAAGGCAUCCAUCUUGGGCUUCCUGGCCAACGAGCUGGCGUGCAGCAAAGCCGUCAUCAGUGAGAUUGAGAAGAACCUGGACCAGAUGGCCAACAUGAGGAAGGAUAAAAUCAUUAUGGAGGGGAAACUUAAGAAAAUGAAGACGGUGUAUGCCAAGCGCACGGGCAAGAGGGAGGCUGGCGUGGGCGUGGAGGAGAACCAGUCGGUGGGCACGCCCUCCUCCGCCGCUAAACGCAAAAUGAAGCUGGGCGGCGACAGCGAGGACGACGAGGACGACGAGGACGACAGCGACGAGCCGGCAGACGACGACGAAGAGGAGGAGGAGGAAGACGUCAUUAAGAAGGUUAAAAAAGUGGAGACGUACGAUGAGGAGGAAGUGGACCACGCCACCAGUGUGGAGGAGCUGGAGAAGCAGAUCGACAAAUUGGCUAAGCAACACCACCAGACCAGGAGAAAGCUCUUUGAGAUCUCCCACUCCCUCCGCUCCAUGAUGUACGGCCAGGACCGCUACCGCCGCAGAUACUGGGUGCUCCCCCACUGCGGGGGGGUCUUCAUCGAAGCCAUGGAGAGCGGAGAAGCUCCCGAGGAACUGGAGGAGGAGCGCCAGAGGAGGAGGAGAGCGGCGGCAGAAGUCCAAGUCAAGGAGGAACCUCAGGAGUUUGAGGUCCAGAAAGAGAAGUCCUGCUCUCAGGAGGAGGAGACGGGGAAGAAGGAGUCCCCGGGCUGCUUCUACCGACAACAAGACUACGUUUCCCACCUCUGCUCGGAUGCUCUGAGAGAAGCCGUGAAGGAGGAGCGUGGACCUCCUCCCGCCUCCUCCUCCUCCUCCUCCCCGGCCAAGAUUGCCGUCAUCAGCGGUAACAACGUCCCCGCUCCGUCCUCGCCGCCGCAGCCCAACGACCAGCUGCUUCGAGUCCUGACGGAGAGGAGCGGCCACUGGUUCAGUCUGCUGCCCCGCGCCCCCUGCGACCUCUCCUCCCUCACCACCACGCCCCCUCAGGCCUCCUCCACGCCCAGCAAAGCCAAGUCUCCUCCCCCCUCCCCCGCCCUCCCGCUCACGCCUUCUGCCGCCUCCGCCUCUGCAAGCCCGCACCACCCGGUGGGCCUCCUCACCUACCCGCUCUCAGCUCUGCAGGUGAAGUCGGGAGGUUCCUACCUGGGCGUGUCCUUAGGGAGCUGGUCCAGCGGCAUGGUCAGUCCCGGCCUGCCCGCCUGCAGCAGCCCCAGUCCCGCGCCGGGUCACUCGGCGGAGGGCAACACUGCAGCCAGCGUGUCCAGCAAGAGCGACUCGCCUCUACCUCCUCUUGACAAAAGCUCCUCCAUGCCGUCUCCUGCCCUGGAGCUUCCAAAGUCUCUGGACCGCCUCACGCCUCGGCCUAUCCCUGAGGACAUGCUGACAGGGUGGUGGCGCGUGUCGGACAUGGAGGAGCUGAAGGCCUUGGUGGCAGCGCUCCACAGCCGAGGCGUGAGGGAGAAAACCCUCCAGAGGCAGAUGCAGAAGUACCUGGAAAUCAUCCCGCAGGUGUGCACCAAACACAGAGACGUGGCCAUGAUUGAGCUGCGGGAGCUGGAGGAGAGCCAGGUGAGUGUGGAGUCGGUGCGAGGCUGGUGUGUGGAGGAGCAGGCCAUGGAGAUGGACAUCGCUGUUUUGCAGCAGGUGGAGGAACUGGAGAGGAAGGUGACGGCUGCCAGUCUACAAGUCAAGGGCUGGACACAUUUGGACCCUCAGUCCGAGAGGGAAGACCUGGUGUAUUACGAGCAUAAGCCCCCCACCAAGUCAGGACCGUCGUGCACUCACGGGGGCGACAAGGACAGCAGGGACCACCCGGAGGAGCGGGGGGAAAAGGGCGGGGUGACGCGCCACCCGGACAACCCACUGGACAUAGCAGUGACACGUCUGGCUAAUCUGGAGCGCAACGUGGAGAGAAGGUACCUGAGGAGCCCCUUAGGUACCACCAUUCAGAUCAGGCUGGAUAAUGUGGGUACGGUCACUGUCCCCGCCCCCGCACCAUCCUCUAGUGCUGACAGGGAAGGCGGCGAAGAGGAGGUGGCCCACGGCAUGAAGGUGUGGAGGAAGGCCCUGAAUGAAGUGCGCAGUGCCGCCCAGCUGGCCAUGUGCAUCCAGCAGCUGCAGAAGUCCAUCGCUUGGGAGCGCUCCAUCAUGAAAGUGUACUGUCAGAUGUGCAAGAAGGGCGACAACGAGGACCUCCUGCUGCUCUGUGACGGCUGUGACAAAGGCUGCCACACCUACUGUCACAAGCCCAAGAUCACCUGCAUCCCCGAGGGAGACUGGUACUGCCCGGCCUGCAUAUCCAAGGUCUUUAUGCAGCACUUUCUGCGGGCGAGCGGUCCAACGCCCAAAGGCAAGAAGCCUCCAAGCAAGGCAGCAGCAUCGUCGGGGGCGUCAGCAGCCAAGAAAGGCGGCGAGGGCGGCAAGAAGAACAUGAAGCAGGGUAACGGAGACGUGUCGGAAGAGGAGUCGGCCAGCGCCAGCAGCACGCCCAAGAAAGGUUCCAAGGACAGCAGCCGCAAGAGGAAAGAGGAUGGCUCCUCCCCUGCCGUGCCAACGUCCAAUCAGGAGAGUCCUGUGUGUGUGAAGAGGGCCAAGACGGCUCGAGACAACAACAGAGACUUGGGUUUAUGCAGGGUUCUCUUGGCUGAGUUGGAGCGACAUCAGGACGCCUGGCCUUUUCUCACGCCCGUCAACCUCAAGUCUGUCCCCGGAUACAGGAAGGUGAUCAAGAAGCCCAUGGACUUCUCCACCAUACGUGAGAAGCUCGUUAGCAGCCAGUACCAGAACUUGGAGACGUUCAUCAUCGACGUGAACCUGGUGUUCGACAACUGCGAGAAGUUCAACGAGGACAACUCUGACAUCGGGCGGGCGGGUCACAACAUGAGGAAGUUCUUCGAGAAGCGCUGGACUGAACUCCUCAAACAAACCAAUUAAUCCUGGCGGCCUUCCCCUCCCGCUGCCCCCCCCGCCGCCCCCCCCAGACGGGCGGAGAAGGGCGUGCAAUACCACUCAGAAGUCUGCACUGAACCAAUACUUUCCACUCCUGUACAUACUUUUUUGUUAUUUAAUGGUAUUAUAGUGAAUGUAUUUAAUUUUGUAAUAAUUAUUUAUGAACCGAGGUCCACUUCAUUUUCUAUGAAAAGGAAGAAUCGAGAAAGGAAUGUGUCUGCGUUCGGAUUUUUUCCCCCCCCCCAAAAUGUCCCAGCCAGCCAAGUAGAGGACAGCUGUUUACACCGUAGGCGCGUACAGUACUAUGUCGGCUGUAAAUAGACUUGUUUGUAUGAAGAAUAUUCCCAUAUUGUUUAUGCCUUAGAAUGAUUGUAGCAUUCUGUUUGUACAUGCCCUGCAAACACUCUGCUCGUGCCUAGCCUUCCAGCGUUUUGCGUGGCGGUGUGUGACGUCAUCUGAGGCGGGGGGGGCAGGGGGGGCGGCGGCGACGGCGACGCAGACAUCAUUCCUCGGCGUGGAGGAGAGAGAGAAGAGAAAAAAAACCCUAAAAAAACAAGUGAUGCAUUUCCUCACCUGCCAGAGGACCUACAGGCCAUUUGUAACCACUGUGUUGAACCUUGCUGUGUUGUGGCCUGACGGAGGCAGCUAGAUUUGUUUUGUACCCAAGUCGAAAGUACUUGAAGUUACUUUAUUUAAGAUAUUGUGGGGGAAAAAAAAAAAAAAGUAUCAUUCUUUUGUAGGAGCUUUAUUUUUCACUAGUGUGUGGCACGGACCUAUUAAAAGGAUGUUUUUCAACGUAAAAAAAAGGCCUCCACCUUUUUCUUUUCAUCUCAAGAGUUGUCCACAUUCCAGGACUCAUAGGACAUUUUCCUAGCCCCUUCCUGCUCCGUCGCUGAUAAAAACGUGUCAAACUCCGGGCCAUUUUAUGUGUCAAUAAAAUGAUCUUUUCUUACUAAA